GAUAACCCAAAUAAUCCAGGUAAUCCGUUGUCCGAAGGAAAAAGAGCCGUUGGAUGCUGGAAAAUCGCUUGUAACGGAUAGUUUCCUUUUUCAAAACCCUCGCAUUCCAUUCCAAGAAUCGUAUCAUUUCCAUCUCAUAAACUAAAGUAAACUAAACCCAACUAAAGAACUCUCUCUCUCUCUCUCUCUGAUUUUCUCUGAAGCCCUCAACGAAGAACAAUCGUAUCACAAACACAAUCAUAAUAGUGCCUGAGUCUUGGUGAUUAAUAAUAGUCUCUAUUGAUUAUCCGAUUUUAAAAGUUGUUUGGGGCGAUGGAUCUAGGUUGCAUGGACUUGGGUUGCAUUGAAAAGCGAAGCAAUGAAGUGUUUCUUGAUUCCGGAACCAAUCUCAACGACCCUGUAAUGGCUACCUCCAAGGUUGGAAAGAAUAAGGCUUUGAAAGAAUCUGGCCUGUCAAAUGUGAGUUCUCUAAACAAAUUUACAUCACAAAUUAAGAAACCCUCCCAUCGAAAAAGCUCACCUCUCAACUGGUUUCCUCGCAAAAAGGUGGACUCCUACUUGAAAAGGAAAAUACAACGGCUACAGGAAGUAGGGGGCAUGAAUUCAACUCUUGAUGAGACUUUAGGUGACUCAAAUCCUCAUUAUUCUAGAGUUCUGAGAGAAAAAAUUGCAGUUAGGGAAGCUGCACACAAGGCAAUGGAGGCUCGGAAGGCUGCAAUGGUGGAAGCAUCUUGGUGUCGAAUACUUCAAGCAGCAAGAAUCCAAAGUAAAGAAGCAGAAGCGCAGCUGUUGGAAACAGAAAAAAGUGCAGCCGAAGCUUUUGAAGCAGCAACAGCUGUUGGUGUGAUCAUGUAUGAUAUGCAAGAUUGCCCAAGGAAGCAUUAUGAGAUAGAAACAUUUUCUCUCAAUGGAGGAGGAUCUACUACUCAUACCGUUACAGCUUCUUUCGAGACUGCGUUUGAGGUGGACAAACAAGUAGCAGCGGCAGUGAAAACCUCAUUUGUUAAGCUUGCAAGCUGCCCUUCUAUAAACAAGGAUGAAUUCAAAGAACUUUUGCGAAAAAUCAGUGAAAAUCCAGAUACAGGUGAAAAUAACCAGGAUCCGUCGGAGCUUUCUUCUGAAUAUGAAUCAGAUAACGGAUCAGAGCAUGAAUCUCAAGACGUAAGACAAAGGAAAUACAAGAAGCAGAUUUCUGAAAAGUUUAAUAUGCCAAAACUUGUGGACAUGAUGCUCGAAAGGCUUAGAUGUUUGCAAGAAGGUGAACUUGCUUCUCUCGCCACUAUAGUUGCAACAUGUGGUUUAAACGCUGCUCUAGCAGAAGCAGAAAAUAGUAAGCAGCUUGAUUUAGGCUAUGCUGCUGACUCUAACUCAGGUAUAGACCAUAUGAGAAGGAAGCAAGUUGAGGCUGAACUACCUAGUUUAGACAAGUUUCUAGUCAAACACUUGACGAAACUUGAAAAAGAGGUGCAAGAAGCGAAAAAUGCCAGAAUGAAUACACUAGACAAAUCAUCUGAUGACGAAAAGGUGUGUUCGAUUAAUGAUGUAAGUUCAGCUGAGACUAUCCCAGACUUGGGAACCAUUCUUGUGAAGCAUUCUUCAAAGCUUGAGAAGGAGAUAGAAGAGAUGAAAAGGAAUUCCGGAAAAUCAGAUGAAAUGGAAAGCAAGAAAAUAUCGGAAAGAAGGCGUAGUGGGGUGGUCCGGCGUACGAAACAAGAUGCCACAGAUUUGCCGAGCCUAGAUAAGUUUCUGGUGAGACAUGUUUCGAAACUUGAAAGAGAGGUCCAAGAAGCAAAGAACAGAAGAAAAUUUGAGCCAAGUGAAGGGGACAGAACUGCUGAUUUGAGGAAGAAGGCAACUUCUGUUAAUCAAGCACACACAUUAGAGGAAGGUACAAAUUCAUCGAGUUCUGAUAGAGACCGCCUAGUGGGAAAAGAGAAUAUUGAUCUGAACAAAGGGGAUGGUGGAGAACUGGAAAUGGAGCAAAAGGAAGCUUCAAAGCCAGAAAAUACCGAAGACUGUUCAGAGGAGACUUUGAUUCAGAUUCGACAAACAAAUCCCGACACAGCAGAGAUGAAAGAAACUACCGAAGACUGUACUUUGUCAUCACUUCAACAUGGAAAUGGCGAAAGCAAAGAGAAGGAAGAUAGCCUAGACAAGAUCCUGGUAAAGCCAGUUCACCGGUUAGAAAGGGAAAAAAUGCAAGCAUUAUCAUUGGGAAGCGAGUAUGGAAUUAAGCGGUAUCAAAAGAAGCAGCCUGGAGGAGCAACUGUUGGAGACUAUGAUAGCUUAGAUAAAGUUCUAGUAAAACACGUUUCAAGGCUUGAGAAGGAGAAAAUGGUGAUGGGUAUGAAGGAAGAAGCGGGGAGGGUGAAGAGAAGGGAUCCCAACGCGCCAUCGGAGAUGAGUGAAGGUAGUUUGGACCAAAUUUUAGUUAAGCACAAGUCCAGACUAGAGAGGGAAAAGAUGGCGGCUGCUGCUCAGCAGCCUGAUCACCAGGUUAAACAUUCAGUGACUCGAAGAGAAGCGAGGGAGAGAGAGCUGCAAGAAGCAUGGGGAGGCUUGAGUUUAGGAAACUCUGUGCUUCCACAUAUCUCAAGACUCGAAAGAGACAAGGCUGCUUGGCUCAAAGCUGAAGAAGAGGAAAGGAGGAGAGAUAUGGAGGAGGUGUGAGGUCUUCAAGCCCAAGUCACUUCUUGGCUAUGUUCUUUCUGAUGUACAAAUUGCAACAAAAGCUAAAUCUGUUGAUCAACUCUUUUUUGGGAGAAAGACAAGUUUUCUCAUGCUUGAGAUUGUGUGUGAUGACCAGUAGUAGUAUUUUCCUCCACCUUAUUUUGUGUAAUUACCAUAAGCAUUCUGUCAUGUAUACUAUUGUACAGAUGAGGCGCCUUUCCUCUCUGCUUUUGAAUGUAUCAUAUUCUGAAUUUGGUUUGUCAUCAACCAGUACGCUAGAUCAUUACGUCCUUUGGUACCUCUACUUAUAAACUAGCUUAUUGGCUUGAAAUAAAAGCUCACAAAUAAAGCUAGUGCUUAAAAAUGCUAGUUCGUUUGGCAUAA